UUCUCCAUCUCUUAUUUCAAGAGAGCUUUAAGCUGGGAGAACCCUUCUCGCCUGUUGGAAAGAAGAGAGAGGGCGAGGAGAAAAAAUAAAUAAAUAAGAAUACAUGAAGAAUCUUGGGAAUAAUCUCAAAUUUCCCCCUUUUUAGGAGGGCAGGCGAUGCAGCCCCAUGUGAAUUUGCAAACAAAGGCAGAAAAACAGCAACUCGUUGGGUGUUUUGUGUGUGUUUAAAUUUCCUCUCCAGAUGCAUCGGGCUCGGAUGGCGACAAAACACUGAAGUUUCUUUAAAAAGAGAGAAGGAAAAAAAAAGGAGUUUUAAGAACAAAACCACCACGGCUGGUCCAUGGACUUGCAAGCUACUAGUGUGGGAGGCUACCAGAAGAUUUAACGCCUGGUAGAUCUUGGAAGAUUGACCCAAGAUGCUUGUGAGGAUUUCUCUGUACGACAACCCUUUAGGGCGGGCCCAGGGCACGACUUCUCCCCCUACAUCCACGUUUGUGACCCUUGUAUUCUCGACCACAGCCUAGCGAGGUUGGCCGGGGUUCAUGACCCUCCUGGGGGGGGGAAGAGAGGAAGGUUUCCUGUGAUCUGCUGUCCCGGGAUUCGAACGCAAGGCAUUCUGCUUUGUAGGUCAGCCUUUGAAGCGGCUGCUUGCGGUUCAGCGCCAGAGCUUCCCGCCCACCUGGUGCACCUAUUACUCGGGAUCUGAGUAAUUCAUUUCGCGAGCCCGUGUGUCAUACCAGCUGAGGCACAGGGAAAGGAAAAGACAGACUGUUCGUAAUUUGGAUUAUAAAUCCCGUUGCACCAUGAAGGAUUCCCUCGUUUCCGUUUGAGGGUCUGGUCCUUUUUUUUCGCCCUCUCUCGAACUCGGUUUGAGGGGAGGGAUUGGCCAGCCCCGGCCGUCGGGCGAACGGAACCGAUGGCCAAGUGGUUGAAAGAUUACCUGAGUUUUGGGGCCAAGAGAUCUCCGCCACAGCCCCCCAAGCCCGAUUACACCGAGAGCGAGAUCCUCAAGGCUUAUCGGGCACAGAAAUCGCUGGACUUCGAAGACCCCUACGAGGAUGGUGAGGCCACCAAGCCUGAGGCCGACCCGGCAGGGUCCCCGAGCAAAGGGGUGACCCCCAGCGUCAGUCUGGACGGGAAGUACAGCUCGCCCAAACACCGGCUGAUCAAAGUGGACGCGUCCGACUUGAACAGGAGUAAAGCCCUCUUGGCUGCCGAAGAAGGGUUGACCCAACCGGAUCAGGCCCCGGGGGAGAGCGAGUACUCGGAUCCCUUUGAUGCCCACCGGCAGCCCAACGAAGAGACCGAGGAGGCCGUUGAUGUGGAGAACAAUGGAUACAUGGAACCCUAUGAUGCUCAGAAGGUGGUGGCCGAUUUCCAAAGCAAAAGCAACUGGGAUGAUCGACGGGUGAAGAAAUCCAGGAUUGGCCUCCAGCUCUACGACACCCCGUACGAGGAGAAAGAACCCGAGGCUGACCCGGAGGGCCCAUCGGCCGAGAAACCCCGGGAAAGCCGCCUCCCCCAGGACGAUGAGCGGCCGGCAGACGAAUAUGAUCAGCCUUGGGAAUGGAAGAAAAAUCACAUUUCUCGGGCUUUUGCUGUAGACGUUAAGGAGUCAAACGUUUUGCCUUGGCCACCGCCAGUAGGAGAACUCACAGGGAGUGAGGAAGAAGGCCUAAAUCCAGCAGCCCAGUUUGACACCCAGGAAUGGGAGCACACCUCUUCUGCGCUUAAAGAGCGCUGGCGUCCGCCGAAGCAGCUCGCCGCAACAUCCAAGUUGGGCCGGUCUCAGAGUCCCGAGCCCAGCCUUCUUGUCGCCGAGUGCAUCGACCCUUCGAUCCCGUUGGAAAAUCAAGCCUGGUUUCACGGCACGAUCAGCCGGGCCGACACUGAGUCCCUUUUGACCCUCUGCAAGGAAGGGAGCUACUUGGUGAGGAACAGCGAAACCAGCCGAAACGACUACUCCCUCUCGCUCAGGAGCAGCCAGGGGUUUAUGCACAUGAAAUUCACUCGGACCAAGGAGAACAAGUUCGUUCUGGGCCAGAACAGCGCUCCGUUCGACAGCAUCCCAGAGGUCAUCCACCACUACACCUCCCAGGAGUUGCCCAUCAAGGGGGCCGAACACCUCUCUUUACUCUAUCCGGUGGCCAUGCAGACCCUGUGAUUUGAACUCAGGACCCAAACGCUGGGGAGACAGGCAAAGGGGCUAAAUUUUUAUUUUUAUUUUCCAAAUCCAAAGAGUCUGGCGUGAUGAUUGUCUGGGUGAAAAAAGCCUCAUAUUUUGGGGGAAUCUUUUAAGGGGGCACCCCUCCCUCUCUCUCCAGUUUUCAAGCAAUAACGGGGCCGGUUUUGUUUUCGAAACGUCCGAUCCGCACCUCUUUCCAAUUUUUGCGGUGAUCUCUUCUUCGGUCCAUCUGGCAGGGAAACUGGGGGGAGCCCUUCUGCUUGGCUCUCGCCACUGCGCUCUUGCAGACUUUAUCUGCAGGAAUGGAUAGGGGGAGCUCAGGUCUUGCAAAACACUCCGAAAUUGGUCGGCAUCUCGGCUCUUGCCGGUGCGAGUGUCCAGCUGGGAUCUGUUCUGAUCUAACAGCUC